AUAUUACUUAUUCCAAAUAUGAUUUGGUACCCAGAAAGUGACGGAUUCUGCAUUUAUUUCCCUGACUUUUCCUUUCAAUGUCAAAGUUAUCAAACUACUUACAUGGCGCAAGGUAUCUUUAAGUUGGGUACUCCCGACUAGAGCAUUUCUACUAGUUUCGUUAGAAGUAGUUGCAUUCUGCUCAACUUUGAGUUCAGAUAGCACACUUUGAGCACUUCUGGCUUACGUUCGGGAACGAGCAGCAGUAUAAAUAAAUGCGCUGCAAAAGCUAUUGGAAUAUUAGAAACGCACAGUUAACUGCAGUAGACACAGCUGUGCAACGACAGUGCAACUUAUUUGGUUACCUCAAACAUCAAGUUGAAAUGUCAGCUGAAUCAAAGCCCAAGCCCACAGGUAGGAAUGUGCCCAACUGGGUGCAGCCCGAGGUAUUUAUGGAUGUGCUGAGGGAAACGGUCAAUGGCUUCUCCAAGAUCAAGAGCUUCAAGGCCAACAGCGGAUCAGCAGCCGGUGAAAACUAUACGACAAUAAUGUUUCGUGUGAGCAUAGCUGUCGAGCUAGAGAAUGGUAAAGAGCAAUUCGUGUCGUAUAUGCUCAAAGUGCCACAUGAGAUGGAGAUCUUUAAGAAAUUUAUGGAGAGUAAUAAUAUAUUUACAAAUGAAUCCGACAUGUACAAGACCAUAGUACCUGAGCUGGAGCAAAUCUAUCGGUAUGCUGGUUUAGAAGUGAAAUUUGGUGCCAAUGCCUACGAGCUGAAGGACGUCAAAUCAGAUUAUAUACUUCUCGAGGAUCUGGCACCUAGAGGCUUCAAGAACACUAAUCGCAUUGAGGGCCUGGAUCAGGUGCACGUUGAAUGCGCCCUCAAAAGGCUGGCGAUGUGGCAUGCCGCAUCCAUGGUACGCGUGGCUACCAAGGGUGACUAUCCCGAUUACAUAACGCGUUCCUACUACAGGGAAGAACUACUCCCAAUUCUAACUGAGGUAAACAAAGGCCUUGCUCAGAACUUUAUUAAAGCAUGUAAGCAGUACGAAAACAACGAGGAUUACAUAGACAAAAUAGUAGAGUUGGCACCCAAAAUAACUGAAGAAAUAUUCAAAAUGGCCAAAGUAGACCCAAACUUUUUAAAUGUCCUAAAUCAUGGGGACUUUUGGAGCAACAAUAUGAUGUUCUCUUACGACGCCUUUGGCCAGAUCAAGGACCUUAUGCUAGUGGAUUACCAAGUGCCGAAGUGGGGCAGUGUUGCUCAAGAUCUGGUCUACUUCCUGAUUUCUUCGACUAAAUUCGAAAAUAAGCUUACCAAAUUUGACAGCAAUAUUAAGUUCUAUUACGAUAAUCUAGUUGAGUAUCUGAACAUAUUAAAUUAUCCUAAGAGCAUGCCUUUACUCCGCGAACUGCAUAUAACGAUCUACAAGUAUGGCUUCUGGGGUUACCUGACAGCCACUGGCGCAAUGAGCACUGUUCUGGUCGAAUCUACGGAUACGGCAAGUUUUGAGAACUUUAUCAGCGACUCCACGGAGGGCACCGUCUUUAAGAACCUACUCUAUACCAAUCCACGAUAUCUGAAACAUAUCCAGGCCGUAUUGCCAUGGUUGCUAAAUCGUGGCGCGCUUCAGGGAUUCUGAGUAGUUUGCUGUAAAUAAGGGACAAAUUUAAUACACAUUCAAUAUAUAUUUACAUCCUGAUUGAACUUAUAUUUAAAAAGUUAUAAAAAUAGUUAUAAUACCCACUGUUAAUGUCUGCCAAUUACUAAGAGGCAACAGUGCUCUAGUCGGGUGUGGCCGAA